AUGAUACCCCAACGGCAUCUGGAAUACUACAUGACCGAGUGGGUUACGGCAUCUCUGGAGGCAAUUGUAGCUCACCGGUUGUUCCCAUCUAUUGGCUCUCCCUCUUCUAAGCCUGUAAAUCUUCUUCGGCCGACGCAUGUGUCCGAUGAGUUGGCUCCGCUUCUCUGCAGCAAUGACUGUUCUCCGUGGGAUGUGCCUCCAACGACAAAUGACGCUUUCCGAAGUGUUGCAGGUUCGUAUAAGAACAAUACUGGCCAAACCCGCAGUGCUUGUCUGUACUCGGUGGAUUUCAUUCCCGAGUCGGCUCGUCAUUUUCGCAUAGAGGUUCCGCAAAUUGAGAGUCUGAGGGCCGCUUUGCUGUGCGAUCCAAAGUUCAAUCUGCGUCAUUCUUGGCAGCUUCGAGUAGUCGUUUGCUUAUGCAUGCCGACUUCUCGCUUUUCAACUCUGGGGGAUUCCAGAAGCGGUUCGUCGUCGGUGAGGCCUCACGAUGCGAAAUCAACUGAGAGUGACUUGAAUGAAACGGACUCGAAUAGAACGUCGGCUGAGUGCUCUUUUCGCGAGUCUACUUGUCGCCCAUUAGUGCUUAGUGGCGCAAGUGUUUACUCGGAUGCCCAGAGGCGAGACUCUCCCCUGCUUUCCCUUCAUUCUGCGGAAAGAGAGAGCCACACGCAUCACUGUCUAGAGCAGUGGAUCCUCAGUUUCCGGUCGUCGUCGUCUUCUGACCAUCAUGGGAAACUUGAACAAAGGAAGUUGUGUACAGCUUUGAAGGGUUUGUUGGCUACCGUGCACUUUCUGCCCACGCAUUCUGCUCUUCUGGCGCUGGCGAACGCCGAGAAAGCUAACUCUACACGAGACUCUCAGCAGCAGCGGGAGAUCUACGUCGAGACGCACGUCUCUGCGAGCUGGAAAAAGGCAGCGAGCCGCCACCGUCACAGGCGGGGCCACUCUACUGCCCCCUGGAUACCUCUCGUUUCUUACAGAUCUGACUUAGAUGACGUGCUGCUGUGCCGCGCAGCAGAAAGCCCAGUCUAUGGUGUAGCGACAACAAACUGCAGGGGCCCAGCAGACAACCUGAACUCUCCGCCUCCCCCUCGUAUCACACUCAGCUCUUCUCAUCACCCCUCCGAUCCAUCGACAACCGUCCUUCUGGAACCACCACCACCACCACCAACUGCUGCUGCUGCUGCUGCUGCUGCUGGUGCUGGUGGUUCUCUGGGUUACACCUCGUGUGCACCGCAUGAAGCAGCAGCAGCCAGCUGCCACCGCUGCCUUCAGCCGCCCUCUUCUCCUUCUCGUUUCCUUCAUCAGAAUAGCAGCGCCGCCUCUUGUAAGGGUCACCGGCAUGGCGCGCAGCUGCCGGAAGGAGGAGGAGGCGACUCUGCUCUCUUUUUGUUGCCUCCAUGCCCGAGCAGCAGUGGCCGCAGCAGCAGCAGCAGCAGCAGCAGCAGCAGCAGCAGCAGCAGCAGCAGCAGCAGCUGUAGCUUCAGCUGCUGUUCUUCAGGCGGAGGUAAUGAUCCUUUCAGCAGCAGCAACCAGGAGAGUAUGUAUGAGCGCUGCAGCUUUCUUUCGCUUGCAACUUCUUUAGGUACCUUGGAGUGUACAGUCAGCUACAAUGAAGAGUUUGCGCAGAACAUCGUUGCUGCUGCUGCUGCUGCUGAUGCUGCUGCUGCUGCUGCUGCGGCUGUUGAGGCUGGAGAUGGCUACAUCGACGGCUAUCAGCCUAUUGCUGUAUCUGCGCUUGGGGGGAGAGGCCUCAUCAGCAGCAACAACAGCAGCAGCAACAACAGCAGCAGCAACAGCAGCAGCAGCUGCAGGUAUGACCCCUCGCUAGAUGCUGCUGCUGCUGCUUCGGAUUCAGAUAUGUGGCUGGAGAUGAACUGGCUGCGCCCCGCUGCAGCAGACGGAGGAGCAGCAGCAGAGCAGCUCAGUGCAGGUUCCUCCAUAGACAGACCUGCUGCUGCUGCUGCUUCUGCUGCUGCUGUUGCUGCUGGCGCUGCUGCUGGUGCUGCAUAUACUCCUGCUGCUGGUGGUCGUGGUAAGGAACUGAAGAAAUCUACGAUGAAAUACAAGUUGACGAGAGGGGGAGAGAAGAAGAAAAAGAAGAAAAAAAAGAAAAAAAAGAAAAAAAAGAAGAAAGAGGAGAUAAGAAAGAAGGUACAGACAAAGAUAAAGAAGAAACGGAAAUGA